AUGGGGUCGCCGCUCGAGCUACGAGCGCGCGGAAAUUCUUUUUUUUCGGAAGGAAAUUACUUGGAGGCAGCUAAAUUAUACAAAGCAUGUGUAAAAAAUGCUGAGGGGGAUCAAAGUUGUCAACAAGUUGCAUAUCGCAAUCUAGCACAGUGUUUCUUAAAGUUGUGCAUGUAUGACGAAGCCAUAAGAGCAGCAACUGAAGCUCUAAAAAUAUUGCCUACCGAUACCAAGGCCCUCUAUCGUCGUUCUGUUGCUUACGAAAAGUUGGGGAAUCUUAAGGAAUCGAUUGUUGAUGCGCAGAAGCUUUUUCAACUUGAACCAAAUAACAAAGCUGUCAAUGACCUUAUUCGCCGUGUCGAAUCAUGUGUUGUUCAAAAGCGAGAAUUCGAAUGCAGUUUGAAGGGAAAAAUAAAUACAAUGUUUACUAUGCUUACUAAUGAAAAAUCCUCGGCUGAUGCUAUUGAGACUGCUCUUAACAAUUUGGUUGCUCUUAUAAAAGAAGAAACUAAGGCUGCAGUUAACGAGAUUUGGUCACAUCCCAACAGUUUCGAAAUCUUUAACCUCAUUAGUAAUCCAAGUAAUCGGAUCGUUAACCUUGCUCUAUCAUUACUGGAGAACAUAAUGAAGACUGUACCCACCUUGAGUGCCACUAUUUUUGACAGAGUGACGCUGAAGUACAUUGUUGGUCGAGUGAUGUCACCCUGUACGGACGCAUCUAUUCACGCAUGCAAGUUCCUAUCAUGCAUUUUAGAAAGUCUAACGCAAAUACGAACCUAUCAAAAGGCGCGUGAUGCCGCCAUAGAGCUCUCAAAGCGAAAUAAGUCUCAGUCCCAAUCGUUCCUUCCCAAAGAGAUAUAUCCUACCUACAAACUAGGUAAGCUCCAUUUCCUUCUCUAG